CCGUUAUUUGUCAUCUGAAGGUGUUGUGUAAACUUUCCCGUGAAUAAUCAGCGAAAAGCCCUAGAAAAUGGUGUUGUCAUCGAAUGGGGCUGCCCUGAGGAGAGUCUGCGUGGUCGGAGGAGGCACGGCGGGCUUCUAUGUGACGCAGUAUCUCGUGAAACAUCUGGAAAAUUGCCGUGUUGACAUACUCGAGAAGUUGCCUGUGCCCUUUGGACUCGUGCGCUUUGGAGUGGCUCCUGACCAUCCGGAGGUGAAGAAUGUCAUCAAUACAUUCACCAAAACUGCCUCCCAUCCGGCUGUCCAGUUCCUGGGCAACGUGGCGCUGGGGAAAGACUUCAGUUUGAGGGAUUUGAGGGAGAAUUACAAUGCAGUUGUGCUGAGUUAUGGAGCGGAAUCGGACAGGAGUUUGGGGAUUCCUGUGCAGGAGGGCUUCACGAGGAUGCUGUCGGCACGCCAAUUCGUGGCCUGGUACAAUGGCUAUCCGGGAGCGGAGAAUGUGGUGACGAGAGAACACUUGACUGGCAGAAAUGCGGCGAUAAUUGGUCAGGGAAAUGUUGCUGUGGACGUGGCAAGGAUUCUUCUGGCUCCGGUGGAUCAACUGAGGAAGACAGACAUCACGGAUUACGCCCUAGAUGUUCUGGCAUCCAGUAGGGUGGAGAAUGUGGCGAUGAUCGGCCGAAGAGGACCACUUCAGGCUGCUUUCACGAUCAAAGAACUGCGAGAGAUGCUGAAAUUGCCUGGUUGUGGAACAAAGUGGCGUCCGGAGGACUUUGUGGGCAUUCCAGAGGCUGUCAAGACACUGGAGAGACCUCGGAAAAGACUGACUGAACUGAUGCUGGACAGUUUGUCCAAGCAGAAGGAUUUGGAAGCAUCUGGAAAGACUUUUUCUCCUAUCUUUUUCCGAUCACCGCGUGAAAUUCGCAGUGAGGGAGGAAAUUACUUGCUGGAUUUGACUGUAAAUGAACUCCAGGGAGACAAAGCUGUGGCCACAGAGGAUAAAGAGAGUCUGCAAACAGAUCUUUUGCUUGCCAGCAUUGGAUAUUCAUCCCUGAAAGAGGAUUCAAGUAUCAAUUUCGAUGGGAAAAAGGGUGUUAUUUGCAAUGAGAAUGGAAGAGUUCUUCGAGAAAAUGCCCGGGAAGUUGAUCCGGGAUUGUAUGUCUCCGGGUGGUUGGCCACAGGACCGACUGGAGUCAUCCUGACCACGAUGAAUAAUGCCUUCUCUGUCGGCCAGACGAUUUGUGAUGACUUCGGGGGAAAGAGGAUUCCGGAAGAGACGAAGCCAGGGCUGAAUUUGCAGCAGAAAAACGUGGUGUCUUGGAGUGGGUGGGAGAAAAUUGACCAGGAAGAGGUGAAGAGAGGCUCAAAAGUGGGAAAACCCCGAGAGAAGAUUGUGAACAUUGAGGAGAUGCUGAAAAUAGGACUCAAAUAGUGAAUGCAUUUAUUGAUUCUACCUCGAUUUUUGUUACAUUUUCACCUACGAAAACGACUUUUUCUAAUUUGUCUACAUUGUUUUUUUUAAUAAAUAUAAUCAAAUAGCACGGCGAUAUUUUUUUGCUCUAUGUGGACGCGCUCAGUGAUUUAUUGUUUUGUAUUCAACAGAGAGAAUUCAAUGGCAUUGUGCCAAGUUUAUAUAACGACUGCUUUCCAAGAUUUUGAG